UGACGGGAGGCUCAGUUCCAAUAUGGCUGAAGAUCCCGGGGGAGUGACUUUUAUUCACUCAAUCACUUUCUCUUUUCUUUCCUUUUCUCCUGCCGGUUCCGCAACAUGGAAGAACUCUCGAUAGCGUGUUUCGGUCUCGUGUUGUCGUCGCCAUGCCAAAGAAAGGGAACAGAAAACGGCUGAAAUACCGCGGAAACAUUUCUUCUGAAACAGUUACUGUGGCAGAUUAUGCCGAUUCAGAUCCAGCUAUUGUGAAGACUGGUAGAAUAAAGAAAGCUGUAGCGAAUGCAAUUCAGAAAGAAGUAAAGUUAUUAUGUGGUUUGGAAGCUUCUCAAGUCCCUGUGACAGAAGAGGCUCUUUCCUCUGUUUCUGUGGAUCAUUUGGAUUGUGACAGCAGUGAUGAAGUAGAUGUUGAUGGUCACUCAAAUGACUUGAAGGUUUCUAGGAAGAAGAAAAGCAAAAGACAGCAAGAGAAUGUUGAAGACUGUGGGCAGCAGUACCCCAUAGAUAUUUGGUUAUUUCUGGCGUCCUACAUAAGACCUGAGGAUGUUACCAAGUUUGCUCUCAUUUGUAAAAAUGCCUGGACUGUUACCUGUACUGCUGCAUUUUGGACCAGGUUAUACAGAAGGUACUACUGUUCAGAUGUUUACUUGCCUGUACGUUUGCAACGCGAAGUCAUAGGAAAGUUGGGUUCACUGCGUGCCUGUGUGAUCCGUUCUCUGUAUCACAUGUAUGAGCCAUUUCGUAUGCGCAUAUCAGAAAAACCUGCAAUUCCUGAGUCAACUCCAAAUACAUUACAGAACUGUAGCUGCUUGCUCUACUGGUGCAAGAAGGGGACUGGAAAUAGAUCAGACCAAAGAUGGGAAUUCAACUACAAAUUCAAAAAGCAGUCUCCCAAGUUGAAAAAUGGGUCUCGAAAUGGGCUUCAAUUUCCAAGACAGUAUGAAGAGGUGCACACAAAUCCUGACCAAGACUGCUACUUGCUGCAGAUAACCACUCUCAAUUUCAUCUUCACGCCAGUGGUUAUGGGAAUGACUCUAGCAUUGUUUACAAUAAGUGUAAGCACUGAUAUGAGGCACCACCGUGUCAGGAUGCUGUUCCAAGAUUCUCCACUUCCACAUGGAAAAAAGCCAAAAAAGGACCAAGGACUCCAAGUUGUUUUGGACCCUGUGCAUAGUGUGCGCUUACUGGACUGGUGGCAUCCACAGUUUCCCUUUUCUGCCAGCAUUUAGUGUUUCACAACAUCAUGUGAAACUGCUGACACAAGAUGGGUUCUGGAAAGUGCUUUGCAUGGUAGAUAAAGAAAAUGAGUUCAGUUUUAAGAACAAUAGUUUAAUGUUUUUUGAGAUUUCUAUGUUUCUGUUAUAUAAAGUAAUCUUAAUUUAGAUAAAGGCACUGUUCAACACCACAACUUGCUUUUUUUUUAUAUUGCAGAAUGUCUAAGAUGUGAUGCAGACCACUUUUGACUUGGAAUGUAUGAAGUUGUUUUUCAAACACUUGCAGUAAUUUACAAUGGGCAGGACAGUUGCUUACAUAUAUUUGCAUCUCAUUUAGAAUGCAUUCAUUCAAUGCACUACAUAUAUUUAUCUGAAUGACGGCCAAUAUAAAAAAUUCUGUUUGUAAAAUGUUCCAUUAAAGACUAUUAUAAAAUAGCUUGCAGAACUUCCUAGAAACAGAGCUGAGUUUUUGCUAAGAACAUUAAAUUUAACUCAGGUUAAAAUCACUGUAUCAGAUUAUUAUGACUCACAAGAAAAACUAGUCUUUGCAGUCAAUUUAUUGUUGAGAAAAUACUUGCAUGAGCACUGUUUCAAUUUCGGACCAUGUUGCCCUCCAACCCCCUGCCCCGCCCCCAACUACCAUUUUAAUUCUGAAGAGUCAGAAUUGAACGAAAUUGAAAGCAAGUGUUUAAGUGAUGGAGUGUUCGCCAGAUUACACCUGGAGAAGGCGCAAUUAGUUAGUCACCGUCAUAUUUAGAAAUGUUCAAAAAAAGUUUUAAUUGUAAGGAAGUAAACUUUCACAUUACCCACUCAAAAAAAUGGCAUAGUUAUUCUUACUUUCCAUGAAGUACAGUGGAGGAAUGUUUCAUAAUCCAUCAGCAGUUUAGUUGCUGUGUAAAGUAAUUUGACAGAUAAAUUGUCUUAUCAUAUUAUUAUAGGUAGUAUGGAGCAGUGAUAAAUAUUUAUCGAUCCUUGCUCAGAAAGAAAGGUUAAAUGUCAAGUUUUACUUACUGUCACUGGGCAGGAAUUAUCAAGAGUGGCUGAUAUAUACACACAAUCUGAGAAAUGCUGAUUUUUGUUUUACGCUUUCAGAAUCUCUAAAAAUAACUAAGUUUGUGGGUUGCAAAUCUUAUUUCAACUAAAAAAUAGUCGCUUGGUGCAGUUCGUUAUUUGAAUCAGAAAACUUGUUUUAAAUCCUCGAAAGACUAAAACAUGAAAGCGUAAUGGCACAUUAAUAUUCUGAUUAUCUAAUUUGGAAUGUUAUUUGACAUGCCAUAAAUGAAGUAAAAGAAGUUAAUUUCCAAGUUGGCAUUACAUUUGUAAACAGGCUUUGUUUCUGGAGGUGUGGAAUUAUGGAAUUCAAAGAUAAUCAUUGAAGGCAAUAUCAUGGAUGAAAAUAAUUGUUUCUUGUUAAUAUUUGAAGACAAAAAAAAAUUGUUUUCUGAAGCAAAACCAAUAUAUACACAGACGAAUUUCAGCUUGUUUGGGUUUAAUAAUAUAAAUGUUUCAGUGUAGUCUGAAGCUUGCAAAGUAAUGUUUUUAUCCCAAAUGAACAUUUAAACCAAUGUGUGAAAACUUAAGAGUUAAAUUAUUUUGAGUUUGUUAUUUGUGUUAGAGCCAAUGUAGUUUCUGCGUCUGUUCUUAAACCAUUAUUUCUCAUUAAAUAUGCAUAAACAGCAUGCUGAAAGAUAAUUUAAAUUUCUGGAUUGAUUAUAAAUAGUGGUCUCAAACAAACGCGCAUACGUUAAUGCCCAUGUUUAAACAUGCAGACUCUCUCUGUUUAGGAGAAACUAUUUGGCCUUUGCUAUGUUUAAAAUCAGUGAACCUGUUCUUAAAAUUUCUGUGCCAAUUUUCUACUUAUCACUUGACUCAGAUUUCUCUUUCUGUUACUGAAACUAAGUUCCCUGAGACUGGCAUUUAAAUUAUUGCAUUGUGAAUAGGGAAAAAUAUCAAUAACAGUCUUAUUUUUAAGUGAUAGCCUUUAAAGCAUAGACUGUCAAUUAAACUAUACAAUUUUCUGCUGGGAAAGAUAAAAUAUUGAUCAAUUAAAACAGCAUAGCUGAAAACUGCUGAAAGUCUUGAUGAAUGUGAAGUUUCUGCCAACAAUGUAAUUCUUGUAUUUAAAUUUUUCUUGUAAGCAUUCUAAACAUUGAAACAUAGAGGAACUCAUUUUUGAUGAAAUGUUUGAUUGCUCAUACAUGCAGGUAGUUUACAACAAAGAACAGGCACAUGCUUGAAGAAUAAUUUGGAGAAUUCAACUUGCAAGUAUUGAAUUUUUAAGUUAAAUGAGAACCAGGUCUCCAAGUGUAACACUAUCUUCAAGAUAUUCAAAUAAGUUAUCUGAAUAAUAUAUUUAACAUGGAACUUGCUUUUUUGAAGAAAUUUUCCAGUUGCUUUGAUAAGAUGUCUUUUUAAUCUGAAUAUUCUUGUGCUCGUCCAUUUUUGCACUUCAAAUAGCAAGGCUCAAUUUAACAAUUUGUAGCCAUGAAUUUUUUUUUUACAGCUUACAUGGUGGUGGUGCAUUUUGAGGUAACAAGAGGACAUACUUGUAUUUUUAAUUUUCUGUGAUACAACAUUCCAGGUUUUCUGCCACUUUGGCAUUUGAGUUGAGAUUUAGUAUUUUCAAAAGCAUAAAACACUCAUUCACUUUUCCUUGGUGAGGGGAGCUGAUUGAAGGAAUGUAAUUAAGUACGAUCAUUAAAAAUAACUACACAUACAUUUUUGGAUAGUUAGUUUUAAUGCCUAUGCCCAUUUAAAAUUUUUCACACCAAUGGAAAUAGUCUCUUUCAAUAAGUUGCCUUGCUGUAAGUUCAUGUUUAAUGAAUAUACUCAGUGGAUAGAAACAAAUUGGGGAAAAUACUUUGUAGACCUUAGUUGUUGAACAUCGAAUAAUACAGCACUACCUAUUUAUGAGUGAGGCAGAAUCCAUGAAUUGAUCAACCUGUUCAACUUGCUCACAAUGUAUUGCUUCUGUACUUUAAAAUAUCAGUAAAAUCUACUGAAGUAUAACCUGAUUCCCUCAACUGGACUUUAAGUAAAUGUUUAGCUUGAUGUAGGUUGUCAUCUAGUGAGCUUGAUUGCCUGAAAUCAUGUCUUGGAUUUGUUUCUUUCAUAAUCAGUGAACCCUACUGUUCAUUUUUUAAAAAUAAGUUACACUUUUCAAAAGUUGAACUGUUUCUGUGCAAAACUAAAUCAUUUUCAGAAGGAAUAGAUUGCAUUUUUACACUGUGUACAAUUUCAUGAGCCCAAUAAAGCUUGCAUAAGAUUGUGA